CUCUCUCUCUGACUUCCCUUUUACUCUGUUCACAAGCAAACUGAGAGAGAGACUGAUAAAUUCAAAGAAAAAACGCUCAACACGAAACAAUUCUCUCUCUGACCCAUUAAAGAACUCUCGAAAUUCAAUCAAAACUCCAUUUUUUUCCUUUUUUUUUCAUGGGGUUAAGCUGAAAUGGGUUCUUUGGAAGGUGGGUCCGCUACUCCGUUUAAGAGGGACCCAUUUCUCCGGUCGGCGUCGUUUACCGGUCGGAGUGACAGAAACCCAUUUUUGCAGAGACAAAGAUCGAGAUUCUCGCGGUUCUUCCUCUUCAAGAAGCUAGAUUACCUCCAAUGGAUUUGCACCGUCGCGGUUUUCCUGUUCUUCGUGGUUCUCUUCCAGAUGUUCUUGCCCGGUUCGGUGGUCGAGAAGUCGAUAAAGACUCAUAGAGACGAGGAAUUCAGCUCCGGGGAUUUGUUCUUCCUUAAGGAGUACGGAAUCUUGGAUUUCGGAGAAGACAUUAGAUUUGAGCCGUCGAAGGUUUUGGAGAAAUUUAGAAGAGAAAAUAAAGAGGUCAAUCUGUCUCAUGCAUUCAACCGGAGUAGACUUCGGUACCCGCAUAAAAAGCCCCAGCUUGCUUUGGUUUUUGCAGAUCUCUUAGUUGACUCACAACAGUUGCUGAUGGUGACCGUUGCAGCUGCAUUGCAGGAGAUUGGGUAUGAAAUUCAGGUUUAUUCACUUGAAGGUGGCCCUGUGCAUGGUAUAUGGAGAAAUCUAGGAGUUCCAGUUAGCAUCAUUCAAGCUUGCGAUCCGGCGGAUGUUACAGUGGACUGGCUAAUCUAUGAUGGGAUACUUGUGAAUUCUUUUGAAGCAAAAGACAUGUUUUCCUGUUUUGUGCAGGAACCAUUCAAGUCUUUACCUCUUGUGUGGACCAUCCAUGAUAGAGCACUUGCUACUCGUUCGAGAAAUUACACUUCAAAUAAGCAGAUUGAGCUCUUAAAUGAUUGGAAAAGAGCCUUCAACCGCUCUACUGUUGUCGUCUUCCCAAAUUAUGUGCUGCCGAUGAUUUAUUCAACAUUUGAUUCUGGAAACUUUUUCGUUAUUCCGGGGUCUCCUGCUGAAGCAUGGAAGAUAGAAACACUAAUGGAAUCAGAAAAGGAUUACCUGCGUGCGAAGAUGGGAUAUGGUCAUGAAGACAUUGUUAUUACAAUUGUUGGAAGCGAACUUUUGUACAGGGGUUUGUGGCUGGAGCAUUCUAUUGUUCUUCAGGCUCUAUUCCCGCUUCUUGAAGACUUCUCAUCAGAUGAGAAUUCCUUUUCUCAUCUCAAAAUCAUUGUUCUUAGUGGGGAUCCUACAAGUAACUAUAGCUCAGCCGUUGAGGCUAUCGCUCUAAACCUAAAGUACCCAAAUGGCAUUGUGAACCAUGUACCAAUGGAUGCAGAGGCAGACAAUGUUCUAACCGCAUCCGACGUUGUGAUUUAUGGAUCUUCCGUUGAAGAGCAAUCUUUUCCAGACAUUUUAAUUAAAGCCCUGUGCCUUGAGAAACCAAUCAUUGCUCCUGAUCUCUCCAUAAUAAGAAAAUACGUUGAUGACAGGGUGAAUGGGUACCUCUUCCCAAAGGGGAACGUUAAGGUUCUGUCACAAGCCAUAUCGCAAGUAAUCUCAAAAGGAAAGUUAUUGCCUCUAGCUCACAAUAUGGCCUCCUUAGGCAGAGCUACUGCUAAAAAUCUGAUGGUGUCGGAAUGUGUUGAGGGAUACGCUUUGCUUCUUGAAAAUAUUCUUAGGCUUCCAUCAGAAGUAGCUCUACCAAAGGCCGUAAAAGAAAUCCCUGCGAAAUUGAAAGAAAGGUGGCAAUGGCAUCUGUUUGAACCAGUAUCAAACUUGAAAAACUUGAAUACAACAACAAGAAGUUACUCAUUUCUGGACAAUUUUGAGGAGCAGUGGAAUCGUACUCAACUAGAGAGGUCUGCUUCUGUAACUGCAGCCGAUGAUUCGUUUGUAUAUAGCAUAUGGCAAGAAGAGAAACGGACUGAGAUGGAAAAUGCUAGAAGAAGGAGAGAGGAAGAACAGCUAAAAGAUAGAAGUGAGCAAUAUCAUGGAACAUGGGAGGAAGUGUAUCGAAAUGCCAAAAGGGCUGAUCGAACCAAGAACGACUUGCACGAAAGAGACGAGGGAGAGCUUGAAAGAACGGGCCAACCACUUUGUAUAUAUGAACCUUAUUUUGGUGAAGGAGCUUGGCCUUUCCUUCACCGAGCUUCUCUUUACCGAGGAAUUGGGUUGUCCACCAAAGGAAGAAGACCUAAGGCUGAUGACAUAGACGCUCCUUCUCGUCUUUCCCUUCUUAGCAAUGCGUACUAUAGAGAUAUACUUGGUGACUAUGGGGCUUACUUUGCAAUCGCAAACCGGAUAGACCGAUUACAUAAGAAUGCUUGGAUAGGAUUUGGGUCUUGGAGAGCAACAGCCAGGAUGGCAUCUCUAUCGGGGGUGGCUGAAAAUGCAUUGUUACAUGCUGUACAAACGAAAAGGCAUGGCGACGCGCUCUAUUUUUGGGUUCGGAUGGACACGGAUCCAAGAAAUCCUUUGCAACUUGAUUUUUGGUCGUUUUGUGAUGCUCUAAAUGCUGGAAACUGCAAGUUUGCCUUCUCUGAGGCCUUGAAGAAGAUGUACGGCUUGAAGCAUGAUUUGGAGUCUUUGCCUCCAAUGCCACAAGAUGGCGACACGUGGUCCGUCAUGCAGAGCUGGGCUAUGCCAACUAGGUCCUUCCUUGAGUUUGUAAUGUUCUCUAGAAUAUUUGUGGACGCACUGGAUUCUCAAAUGUACCACGAACACCACUCUACUGGACACUGUUGCCUCAGUCUGUCCAAGGACAAUCAUUGUUACUCACGGCUUCUGGAACUGCUCGUGAACGUGUGGGCGUACCACAGCGCGCGACGAAUGGUGUAUGUGAAUCCGGAGACUGGUGCCAUGCACGAACAGCACAGGUUCAAGAACCGGAGAGGCCACAUGUGGGUGAAAUGGUUCUCAUACUCAACAAUCAAGAGCAUGGAUGAGGACUUAGCCGAGGAGGCAGACUUGGAUCGCUCCCUUAGGAGGCGGUGGCUGUGGCCCUCGACUGGCGAGGUCUUCUGGCAUGGUGUUUUUGAGAAGGAGAGGAAUCUGCGGAAUCAGCAGAAGGAGAAGAGGAAGCAGAAGAGCAAGGAGAAGUUGGACAGGAUGAGGCGCAGGAAUAGGCAGAAGGUGAUAGGGAAGUUUGUGAUGCCCCCGCCGGACGACGACAUGAGAAGCUUGAAUACAACGGUGUUAAUAGGAAACUCUUGAUGAAAAUAUUGUCGACUUCACGCAUGGAGUUUGCUUGUAGAAGGAAUUAAGCUCAUUUGAUCAUUCUUUUUUGGAUUUUUAGUUCUUUUUUACCUUUUUUUUUUUUUUUUUUUUUUUUUUUUUUUUUUGGGAUGCAUGGGAUUUGUAAUAUGUUACGUGAGGGGGUUUGUAUGUAAAAAGGUGCAUCCAUCUGAUCAUUGAUACUGCUGAAU